UUACCUAGUCAUUUAAAGCAUCUCGUUGUUGUUGGGAGUAAAAAAAAUUAAUAAAAAAAAGGUAAAAAGUAAAAGUUUUAUUACUAUUUCCGAAAAUGACCCCAAAACUGUAUGGAAUAGCCGGAAGUCCACCGUAUGGAGCGGUUUUGAUGUGUGCCAAAGUUCUCGGUAUAGAACUUGAGAUCGUUCGUGUAGAUUUGUUAAACGGAGAACACCUCAAGGAAGGUUUUGUUAAGUUGAACCCCCAACAUACUAUACCAUUACUGGACGACGAUGGGUUCAUAUUAGCCGACAGCCACGCCAUAAUGGGUUAUUUGGUGGGCAAGUAUGGUAAGAAAAACGACCCCUUAUACCCCAAAGACGACAUAAAAAGACGGGCAACCAUAGACCACCGUUUUCACUUGGAUUCGAGUAUACUGACAGCAAGAGGAUUCCUUAUAACAAAACCACUCGCACUUCAAGGCAUCAAACCCGACCAAAAAUACUUGGAUUUAUUGAAAGAAGGUUUUUCUUUUCUGGAUAAAUUACUGGAACUCCAAAACACCAAAUAUGCUGUCGGAAAUGAACUGUCAAUUGCAGAUUUUAGUAUCAUUACUACAGCAACAUGCUGGAAGUUCUUUGUGAAAGACUUUGACCAAGAUUUUCCCAAUAUUGUAGCUUACAUUGACAGACUGAAGAAAGAAGACUUUUUCGAUGCUAAUGCAGAAGGUCUUGAGAGAUUCAAUACCAUAUUUUUAGCAAAAUUGAAUUCGUAAAAAAAAUAUGUUUAACAAAAUUUAUAUGAAAAAUAAAGAUUUCUAAUUUUUACAA